AUGGAAGUUUCGGAUACUACCAAGAGCAUUGAAUUGAAGGCCUUGGAGCAAGCAGUAUGCGAUGACCAUCUUGGGCGUGUCGGCCAAGCGUUCUCAUACAUUAGGGACUUCAAAGACUCAGUCCCGCUGUUCAGCCUCUUCGAAGCCUUCCCUUACAUGGAAGAGCCCGACGAUGCCAAGAGCCAGCUGCCUGAGAGCUUAAAGACAUUGUACCGCGAUCUCGACUUGGACCAAAAGGCCGCCUGGAAGAACGUGCUCUCCAAGCUCCCCGCUCGGAUUGGGAUUCUUUCUGGUGGGCCCGGUACAGGCAAGACACAGCUUAUGAUGACCAUUUCGGCACUGGUCCUGGCUGGUCAUCCACCAUCAAGGGCCACCGGCAUCAGGAGAGGUGGCCCAGUUCUGUUCGUCAUGGAAGCAAAUCGUCUAGUGAAUGAUGCCGCCACCAGAAUACACCAACUUUGCAAGCAAUUGGGCCGUGAAGAUUUGGUCGUUGUGCGCGGUUACAACUCGAAUUAUGAGAAUGCAUACAACAUUCUUAGUGCCGAGGACGAUGACCAAUCGGCCGGGUCUGCUUUUGAACAAUGGUUCCCAGCCCGUCGUGCGGACCACUUUCCUCAAAUCCGCGCGGGUGUCAAAGGAGAGUGCCCUGCAUUCACGGUUCGCGACCUCAUUCGGCAAGUCUUCCGCAGUAGUGCGGAUGAUUUCUCGGACCUGGCAGCAUCGGUAAAUGAUAAGUGGAAGGACGACAGAAAACGUGAUAUCAAUUCGGUCGUCCGGUCACAAUGGCAGAGGCUGUUGCAAAAGGCUUUGCCUCGUAUCGACAUCAUGGUCACGACGGUAAAUGGCGCCGCAAAGAUCGCCCCUGCUGGUGGACAUGCCUUUCGGCCAAGGCUGGUGAUAUUUGACGAGGCAGCUCGGGCCAGGGAAUUGUCGACGCUUGCCGCCAUAUCAAACUUCCCAUCAACAGAAGCGUGGCUCUUCACGGGAACGUGUGAGCUGUCAAGGCCAUACAUUGGCUCGCACGGGAACUGGAAGCUGUGGAAUCCUUGCAAGCGACAGCUGAGGACCCCGAUGAUGGAGAGAGCACAGCAUGUUGUACCGGAUAUGCAAUGGCUCUCUCAAGACCCGCACUUCCGUUCAGUUGAUGGCAAAGAGGCGGGCAGCAUUGCAGUCGUAACUCCCUACCGCGCCCAGUUGAUCAACUACAAGCAGGAGAUCCAAGACUUCCUCAAAGAUCUGGACGAGGACCACCGUUUUGCCGAAACUCGUGGCCCGAGUCUGCACCGUGACAUGCGGAUUGAGGCGAGAAGCACUGACACUGUCCAAAGCCACUCCGCUGACCUUGUCAUCCUGGACCUGGUCCACUCAAAGGUCACACCACACAUCGAUGAUCCGCACCGCCUUGCGGUGUCGCUUACCCGUGCAAGACAGGCAGAAGUAAUCGUCAUGCACAGGCACAUGGUGGACUCGGAUGGCUGGGCUGGGUCGUUCGUCGAAGGCCUCUACAAUCACUGCAAUCGUCAGGGACAGGUUGUCACGGUGAACAUGAGGGAGCAGCUUCAGGUCGAGCGGAAUUAA